UUUGGAAAACGUGUCACCUGUUAGACGUGCGCUGGGCACUACUAACAGCUAAUUAAAUAUAAUCCUCUAGAAGUUAGAGCUAAAAGACAAAAUUACUGUGUUACAACUAACAUAAGAAAACGUGUUUCUUCAUACCGAUAUGUAUAAAAAGUUGUUAAAUUUCAAUGAUAUUAUAUCAUGAGAUAUAUUCGCUUUGCCAAAUCAGCUAAGGAAAGAGACUGUGUUUGUUUACUGUGGUGGAACUUUGGGUCUGUGGUUCAUACUUAAGUUACUAUUACUAGAACUAGUAAGUAACCUCUUAGUACUUACUAGACUAGUAGGCCUAAGUUUUCGUCGUUUUCUUCUCAUUUUUUAAUUCUUACUGUGGUUACUAGUUCAGUAGUUGCUUAAAAUGUUUGUGUACAUAUUCAACAUUUUCCUUCUUUUAGUGGAGGUAUUUCAACUCCUUUUGAAAGCAGCUUUUGCAGUUGUAGAAGCUUUUGUUUAUAUGUUCAUUCCACGUGCUCACAAGUCAAUUGAGGGCGAAAAUGCACUUAUCACGGGAGCUGGGCACGGUUUAGGGCGUGAACUAGCUCUUCAGCUUGCUGACCUUGGAGUGAGAUUAGUUUUAUGGGAUAUUGAUCAGAAAGCUGUUGAAAGAACAGCAGCAGAUGUUAGAAGAAAAGGUGGGGUCGUGUUUGCAUACCAUUGUGAUGUCACAGAUGAACAGAAAGUGGAGUUUGUGGCUAAUGAAGUUCGACGAGAAGUUGGAGAUGUCACCAUCUUAAUCAAUAAUGCUGGAAUCAUGCACUGCCAAACUCUUCUUUGUUUGAACGACCAGCAAAUUCGGCGAACCCUUGAAAUCAAUACACUCUCUCAUUUUUGGACUGUCAGACAGUUUCUUCCUCGUAUGUUGGAGCUCGGACAUGGACACAUUGUGGCUAUAGCAUCUAUAGCAGGAAUACUUGGAUGUGCUAAUCUUGUAGAUUACUGUGCUUCAAAAUUUGGAGUUGUGGGUUUCAUGGCUGCUUUGGCUGAGGAGGUGUAUGCUGAUAGAAGAGAUCAUUGUAUUCAUCUUACAACAGUCUGUCCAAGUACUAUGAACACCAGACUUACUCAUUACCCACGAACAAGAUUUCCUCGACUUUUGCCUAUCUUAGAAGUUGAUGAAGUAGCACAGAGAAUUAUUAAUGCUGUCUUGCAGAAUCAACAGCUGUUAAUCAUUCCCUCAAGGAUUGAGUUCAUUACCAGAAUCACAGGUAUUUUUCCACGUAAGGUCACCCAAAUGUUUCAGCAUUUCCUGGAUUAUGCUGUUGAUCCACAUGAACCUCGUCCACAAAAAUGUUAGAUUUGCAAAAUUUGUAAUGAACUUGAUGAGAGCAAUCUAUUUUUGGUAAUUUUUUUUUAUGAUGUGUUUACCAAAUCAAGGAAAUCAGUAAAAAAUAAUUUUAUAUGAAAGAUUACAAAAGUUUCUGUGUGU